AUGUUGUUGCUGGCAGUGCUCGCGUUUCAUGCCAGCAGCGAUACUCUGGUAGCAGCAGAGCUUCGUCGAGACGCCUCGCUCGGUUCUUCGCAUAUUCACAGGCGACUACGAGGCAUCGAUGCCCAUUUCCCCGACUCUGAAGAUAGAGGAGACGUUGUCACGUCGCUGGUCAAGUCCAUACAAGUGCAGAAGUGGUUUCUGACUGGGAAAACAGACGACUUCGUCAAGAAGGCGUUGAACCUAAACGGACUGUCCAAUAAAGCUAUGGAGGCGAGCCCCAACUACAAGUACUACGUGAAGUUCUUCCUCAAGACUGAGCCGCAACGGUUCAAAGACUGGCUCAAUGAAGGGAAAGGUGGUCUUCCCACUCACUGGGCCUGGGCGAGGUUGGGAUUGCGAAACAUGGAUCCGGCUACACGCGAUCAAAGCGCCGCGUACAAGGCCUACAUGCGGUACGCGAAGCAUUUUGACGAUGACAUGUACCAACGCGUUUUGAAGAACCGACGUCAAGCAUUCAGGGUCGUGAUCGGGCCGUUUCCAGACGAGACAAGUGCGCUCAUUCGCCUGUGGGUCGCGACAAAAAGACCGGAUUGGUACGUGGAGAAAAUGUUGGGCACCCUCCCGAUGGCACCGCCAGGACACCUCGGAGAACACUACUUCAAAGAGUACAUGCAUCAGCUCAUGCUGCGAGAGCAGGCGGCAAGGAAAAGGGGGAAGUAG